AGAAGCAGCGGAUGUGGUUCAGCUUCAGUGCCGCUCGACGGCUGUUAUUGCUAUUAUUGUUAUUGUUAUUAUUGUCGAGGCUGGAUGUGAUGCUGCUGCCCUCUGUGUGCGGAUCCCAUGAAAUCACGUUCCUCAGCACAGACAUGGCGUGUGGACGGUCAUCGCGUCUGUUCAACUGAAGCUUUAUGAUUCCGCUCGAGUUUGGGAAGAAAAACGCAGCAAGAUGCCGCAGAAGAUGCUGGGCUCCGUGCUGGGGCUCCUCUGCACAGGGGCGUGUUUGGUUGAGGGGAAGGAGUUUUGUUUUGGCGUGAACAAUGAACAGUACCGCUGUGAGAUGGGCUACUGCUGCGGAGAGACCGAGUGCUGCACUUACUAUUACGAGCUCUGGUGGUUCUGGCUGGUCUGGACCCUCAUCAUCAUGCUGAGCUGCUGCUGUGCGUACAGACACCGGCGAGUGAAGAUGCGUCUGCAGCAGGAGCAGCGACAGAGAGAGAUCAGUCUGAUGGCGUAUCAGGGUGCGUCCAGCGCCUUCAUCACUCCUCCUCCUCCUCCUCUCAACCUGCGCUUCUGGACGGACUGUAAGCUGCCCGACUACGAGGAGGUGAUGGCUCACCCGCCCACGCCUCCUCCGCCCUACUCCUCCGGAGCCGGAGCCGAGCCGGAGCCGCAGGAGACGCAGCAGGAGCGCCGCAGACACGUGACCGGAGACUCGGGCAUCGAGGUGUGUGUGUGCCAGCUGGACGAGGGCUCGGGGCCCGAGGAGGAGGCUCUGUGUCAGGGGCCCGCGGGGUGUGAUCAGGAGUGAGAGACUGUGCUCCUGAGCAGCGCAACGCCUCGAGUGCGCCGUGUGUCUCCCAGCAUCCCUCUCGCUUCCCUCUGAACCAAUGAUACACACCACGCUUUGAUUCUCACAGCUGCACCGAGACCUCGGCCCAGACACACACACACACACACACACACACAUGCAGGGUGGCACACACACACACACACACACACACACACAGGGUGGCACUUGUAGUUUGUGAUGUUUGUGUGCUGAUAGAGCAGAUAAACACACCGUCAGCUGAUCGUCUCGUAUCUCAUCGUGGCCUUACCUGUUUCACUCGGCUGCUGUAAACAAGCGUGCCGUCCCGUGUGUGUGUGUGUGUGUGUGUGUGUGUGUGUGUGUGUGUGUGUGUGAGCAGUCACAUGACUCACGUCUAUAGGUGUGUUCGACUCGAAGCGGCGCUGCACAGCACGAUCGGUGUGUACCGCAAGAGCGGUUCGAAAGCAUCGGGGUCCGUCCGCUGUCUCAUCGCUCUCGCGGGGCUUCGGUGUGGUACACUGAUCGCUCCGAGCCGAACGCAGCUCCUGAUUAGUGUUCGUUAGUGAAGCUCAGAUGUGUGUCGUAGAGGCUGAUCAGGCCGCAGACUGACGUUCACCUGCAUUAAGGGCUAAAAUCAAGAUCAGAAUGUUUCCGGUUGGUUUUCUGGUGUCUGUCGCGUUUGUUUUUUCACGCGUGUCUCUGUUGCACUGAAGGACGGCGUCGUCCUCAAUUCUUCGACUCCAGCCCAAAUCCCACAACGUUUACAGACUCUGUGCCUUUCGGUGGAGAUCCGGACUAACUAGGCUAUGCAAAAACCCAGGACUCUGUUGUGAGCUGCAGUAACGAGCAAUACUCGACUCCUUCCCUGUGUAAUCAGAGCCAAUGCGUUCACUUUAUUUCUUCGCCGUCUGUCCACGAGUGAAAGUCAUGACCUUUGUUUCUCUACUAACUGUGUUUUGGAUUCAUCAGCGUUCUCCGGCGUCACCGAUGAUUGCAGACGCUGUUUUGAGCGCCGCCGGUCGUGUUACGCUGGUGCUCUGAGACAUGAAGCCUUCGCAUCGAGCAGCUCCAAGUCUGUCAUCUGAUGUGUGAUUAAUAAAAAAGACGUUUAUUAUCGAGCCAAAUCACAGCGCAAACCAGUUCUUCUAUAAUACUCGUUUAUAACAGUAGUGCUCCGCUGAAGUGUGUACCGUAUUUACUUGAGUCUUCUGACGGUGCGCGAGCGGUUCUGAUGAAGAUGAAGACUGCUUCACGGCGCUUCUACUCUCGGUUCUUUAGCAAGACGUCUGCUGUGUCUCUGUAUAGUCAUUUGUAUUUUAUUUUUGUAAUAAAAUAAUAAACCAGCUUUGGCACUGA